UAAGCUACCUGGAGAGUUUACGAUUCCGGAGCCUGGCUCCUCCCAGCUCUUCCUUCUCUUUUAAUCCAUGAUUAAACAGCUUCCCCUCUCAUGGCUUUUGCAGGGGAAGCAGCACCUUCCACAUCCUCCUAGAAACAGCGCUCCCCAGCAUGAGAGCCGCCCCGCUCCUGGUGGCCAGGGCGGCAAGUCUUCACCUUUGCCUCCUGCUUCUGCUCUCCUUCUGGCUGGACUCAGGGGUGGUCGCUAAGGAGCUCAAGUUUGCGACUCUGGUUUUUAGGCAUGGAGACCGAAGUCCCAUUGAAACCUUCCCCAGUGACCCCAUUAAAGAAUCCUCAUGGCCACAGGGAUUUGGCCAACUCACUCAGGUGGGCAUGGAGCAGCAUUAUGAACUUGGAGAGUACAUAAGGAAAAGAUAUGGAACAUUCUUGAACGAGUCCUAUAAACAUCAGCAGAUCUAUGUUCGAAGCACAGACAUUGACCGGACUUUGAUGAGUGCUAUGACAAACCUGGCAGCCUUGUUUCCCCCAGAGGGUAUCAGCGUCUGGAAUCCCAAACUACCCUGGCAGCCCAUCCCUGUGCACACAGUCCCUGUGUCUGAAGAUAAGUUGCUAUACAUGCCUUUCAGGAACUGCCCUCGUUUUCUCGAGCUUCAGAGAGAGACUUUGAAAUCGGAGGAAUUCCAGAAGAGGCUGCGCCCUUAUAAGGAUUUUAUAGACACAUUGGCAAAACUUUCAGGAUACCAUGGCAAGGACCUUUUUGGAAUUUGGAGUAGAGUCUACGACCCUUUAUUUUGUGAGCGUACUCACAAUUUCACUUUGCCCUCCUGGGCCACAGAGGACGCCAUGAUGAAGUUGAAGGAAUUAUCAGAAUUGUCCCUCCUGUCCACCUAUGGGAUUCACAAACAGAAAGAGAAAUCCCGACUGCAGGGGGGUGUCCUGGUCGGUGAGAUCCUCCAGCACAUGGAGAGGGCAACUCAGCCAACGAACCACAGAAAACUCGUCAUGUAUUCUGCGCAUGACACAACUGUGAGUGGCCUGCAGAUGGCGCUAGAUGUUUACAACGGAAUCCUUCCUCCUUAUGCUUCCUGCCACUUAAUGGAGUUGUACCUCGAAAAGGGGGAGUACUUCAUGGAGAUGUACUAUCGGAACGAGACGCACCACGAGCCGUAUCCCCUCACGCUUCCCGGCUGCACCCCCAGCUGUCCUCUGAUGAAGUUCACUGAGCUGGUGGCCCCUGUGAUCCCCCAGGACUGGUCCGCGGAGUGUAAAAUCACGAACAAACACGAAGUUCUCAGGAUCGCCCUGGCCGUAGCCUUUUUCCUGGUGUCUGGUAUCCUGGCGGUGCUGCUGUUUACGCUCAUUCGCUCGGGGACCUGCUGGCGGAGAGACUACUACGGGAACCUCUGAACAGACAGCCGAAGAGGGCGGACGCGCCAGGCCAGACUCCUGUGGAGCAGCUCCUCUCAGGGACGCAGCACUCAAAGGACAGUUUCCCCAUGUGGGCACCACCCUACCCACACUCUUCCUUUGAGUCUGCCGAGAGCGGGAACUCACAGUGACCGGAGGACAGCCGCUGAGCGGGCUGACUGACGAGUGAACACCCAGGUUGCUUAGUUAGGUCUCCUCCUCACGGUGCGGGCUUCUCACUGGGCUGGAAAGACGCUCUGUGCGAAGGACAGCUGUGCUCUCUAGCACAGGUGUCCAGACAGAAAUGAGAAGACGCAUUCCAAUCUGCCUUUUCCCUGCAAAGAACCAAAGGUUACGGGGUGUGGCCAAGACAUAGAUCAAAGAAGACUGGAUAAUGGAGGGGGGGGGGGAAUUAGACUAGACGUAGAAUUAAUAGGGGGAUUCUUAAGAAAUAAGAUCCCAUUAGAAGGUUAAUAAAUCUGCUUUUUUCAGUCAUUAAGUAGGUUUAAUACAAAUAUACACUCUGGAAAAGAAGCUUCUACCAGGUGUUUGAUAGCCAAUACAUAACAUACAUAUCUGUAUUUGAAAAUGCCUUAGAAAGAGACUUUUUAAUUCUCAGAAGCCAUAAUAUCAACUACUUUAGUUGUAGCUCAGGCCAUUUCUCCACAAUUUCUAUGAUGGGGAAUAAUCAGGAAAUCUAUGUACCCAAAGGGUUUUUUUUAACAUCCACUAUCAGAGCUGGAUGUGUUUAAAGUUCUAAUUUCCUUAUUUCAUUUUAAAUUUAAGAGAUUUUACUUUGAUAAGGGCUAUUCAUGGCCAUGAUGAAAUGAUAAUGCAUUUUAAUUGCUACAAAGAGAUCCGAAUUUCUCAAGUGGUGAGGUAGAUAGAAAAGUAGACUAAGGAUGAAGACCAAGUGCCUCAGCUCUACGCCAAGUAGGAACAAGUUUUUAAAAUCUUAAACCUUGGUUUCAUAAUCCAGAAGUGAAGAGCCCUGAUUGGAUGAACGUAGGAGUCACCUCUAGUUCUCAGGCUCUGUGAACAAUCUGUCUUCUCAUUUUGUGCUCUGGGUGGGUCAUUGCCCAAGCAAGCACUUUCGUGAAUGGUACCAUUGUAGUGAGCCUGAAAUUUACUUUUAACUGUUUUAUUCCUUGUUGAGCUUCCAACCAUGCAACUUGGUGAGAAAGUUAAUCUUCUUCAUUGGUAGUGUUCUUCACCUUCUCAGGUUCAUCUAAAGGCCCCAGAAUAUACCUGGUGGAAAGAGUGAGACACAGGUUCCCUAGGCCUCUGACCACACUGGUCUCCAACCAGCUCGCUUUCUAUUAUCAUGUGGUGUCCUGAAGGUAGGCAGAGGACAUCGGUGCCCUGGCUCCCGAGGCCACACAGUUGGAGUUCACCAGCAUGGCAUUGUCCAGUCCCCUACUGAGGUGACACCCACAGGCAGUGCUGGCAUUUUUGACCAGCACAAAACCCUGCCCCCCACAGCCCUACCCCAUCUCUUAGUCUCAGAAAUCUUCCUCUCUCCCCUGGGACUCCAUGGCUUCCCCCAGUUAAACUCCAAGCACUUACCUCUAUCAUCCUCACUUUCUACAUAGUCUCACUGAGCCAAGG